UACGCUAAACCAACUAAAUUGAUAACUGGUUUGCUUUUCGUUGCUGUGUAAUGUUGUUUACCUCCCGUCAGUUCCCCCCCCGAACAUCACGCCUCGUCCUGUGUUGCGGGUUGUCAGUUUGCGUUUCUUAUUUGGAACAGACUAUAUAGGUAUACGCGUCUCAUGGAUGACUCAUUAUCGCACCCUGCGCUUAUUGUCGAUUACAUUGUCCACGUUUAUGAGACGUGCUUCUGUUUCGUAUCAUUAGCACAUAGCACAAAUCAUGACAUCACUUCAUUUAGUGUUCGCGAUGCAUUCGUAAGAAUCGUUCACAUUAUCCCGCGUUUGUGCUUCAUUUCAUUUAUUUCAUUCUCAGGUACCUAGUUAAAUAGUCGUGUUCGAUUACGUGUGUGGUACUCGAUACAAUGUUUUCUUGCAACGAUUGUGAAACAAAAUGUACGAAAAAACUAUAUCUGAGACGUCAUAUCGUAAAUGUGCACUUAAACAUAGGUAAAAUUCAUUGUAUUUCUUGUAAAAAGUAUUUUCGCUCGGAUAAUUACAAAAUCCACGAGAAAGUUUGUCGAGGUAAAGCUGCAGCUUCGUUGAAAAAAAACCAUCCGAACACUGCUGCCAUCCCAAGCACUUCGAAGGCCGCUGUUGAUCUGAAUACAUCGCCACCUCCUCCAAAACGGCAAAAAUUCUGCGAUUUUUGUAAUGUCCACGUCGAGAUACGUCAAUGGGGUGGUCAUCAGCGUACUUUAAAACACAAGAACAACGUCGCCCAUCAAACACCAAACGAACGAGUGAAGAUAAUUAAGAGCGCGUUUAAAGAUCGAAUCGCUGUAUACAGAAUAACAGCAGCGUCUUCUUUCCUGGUUGUCAGUGAUUUUAUGGAUGCUAUCAGGACGGAUGUUGAUACAGUCGCCGAUCAAGUAAAACGUGAAUACUACAAUUUUAAAUUCAAUUUCGAAUUAUUCGCUUUGUGUAGUAAACCCACAGUCGAGAAUUCCGCCGAGGUUAAAUCAUUCGCCACGAAAAAUAUCACAUAUUGCAGCGAAAGUAACGAAGAUGAUAACGGUAACGACUUCAGUUCCUGCUAUGACGUUUUUAAACAUGCGAUUAUUACCAAAAGUGAAGAAUUCCAAGAAUCUGGAUCCGGGUGGUCUUUAGAGUGCAUUCAGUUCUUGGAGAUAAAUUUCUCAAAAUAUGAUCCGUUAAGAGGUGGAUCGUAUUUAUCACUACCCGAAUGGAUUAAAUUAAAGAAAGCUGUAAUAAAUGUUAAGAAUGAUGACGACAAAUGUUUCGCUUGGGCGGUAGUCUCAGCUCUCUAUCCAGUCCAAAAAAAUGCUGAUCGUGUUUCAUCCUAUCCCCAAUAUGACAAAGUAGGCGUCAAUUUUGACGGUAUAGGUUUCCCAGUAAUGCUUUCAGAUAUAGGAAAAUUUGAAAGAGUUAACCCGAAAAUUAGUGUUAAUGUGCUUGGUAUAAAAGAGGAAAAAAUUGUAGGACCGUUGUAUCGUACUAAAAAUAAAGCUGCUGACCAUGAAAUUGAUCUAUUGUUGGUUCAAGACGACAAUUUUAACUCUCAUUAUUGCUGGAUCAAAAACCUAAGCCGAUUGUUAUCUUCACAAAUCAAUAGUAGGGAACAUAAAAAAUUCCUAUGUAGGCACUGUUUUAUCAAUUUUCCUACCGAAGAAAAACUGAAACUACAUCAAAAGCACGAUUGUAAUCACGUAUGCACGAUACUACCCUCAGAACAUGAAUCGUACGUGCAUUUUCACAAGAAGAAUUUCAAAAAACAAUUAGAAGUUCCGUUUGUGAUUUACGCGGAUUUCGAAGCAUCGUUUAAAAAUUACGCCACAUGUUCUCUCGAUCCAAAAAUCCUAGCUGAGAAAUCGUACACGGAGAACGUAUCCAAACACAAACCAUUUAGUUUCGCUUGCAAAGUUAAAUGUCGUAACAACGAUAAAUUGGAUUCGUUUCACAUAUAUCGUGGUCGUGACUGCGUAAAAAAAUUUUGGGAGUACAUCGUGGACCAAACCAAUCGUAUAUAUCGGCAUUUAAAAACUAAAAAAAUGCUACCUUUGUCUGUUGAAGAAAUGUCUAGUUUUACUAGUGCAACUGAGUGUCAUAUUUGUAAGCAAGGGUUACUGGAUGAUGAUAAAGUAAAAGAUCACGAUCAUUAUACCGGUGAGUUUCGCGGCGCUGCUCAUUCAGAUUGUAACAUUAACAUGCAACGAGCGAAAUUUAUUCCGGUAAUAUUUCAUAAUUUAUCGAACUACGACGCGCAUUUCAUCAUUCCGGGAAUUGACUAUGAUAAAGAACGCGUUGAAGUCAUUCCAAACUCUAAAGAAAAAUAUAUUUCAUUCACCAAACACGUUAAAAUCUGGAAUCGCGAUUCCAAAAAAGAGUGCACAGUUAAAGUACGGUUUUUGGAUUCGCGUCGAUUUAUGAAUGCGAGUUUGGAUGAGUUGGUUAAAAAUCUCGAACCGAAUCAAAUGAGCAACAUGAAAGCUCGUUUCCCCGAUGAUGAUGAAUUUCAGUUACUGAAAGAGAAAGGUGUUUUCCCCUAUGAGUACAUAGAUGGGCGAAAUAAAUUGAAAGAACAGAGUAUUCCUCCUCAAGAUGUAUUUUACUCAAAGUUGAAAGAUAAAGGUAUUUCUAAAGAAGAAUACACCAGAGUGCAACAGAUAUGGCAGAAAUUUAAGUGUAAGACAUUAGGGGAAUAUUCAGAUUUGUAUUUAGAAACUGAUGUGUUACUUUUAACCGACGUGUUUGAAAAUUUUCGCACUGUUUGCUUAAAAACGUAUCAAUUAGAUCCAGCUCAGUAUUACACUUCACCUGGACUGAGUUGGGAUGCAAUGUUGAAACAUACCGGCAUCCGGUUAGACUUGUUUACCGACAUUGAUAUGAUGUGCUUCAUAAAAAAAGGCAUUCGAGGUGGUUUGGCACAAUGUGUGAAACGAAAAGCAACCGCGAAUAAUAAAUAUAUAGAAAAUUACGAUAAGUCAAAACCGUCUAAUUAUCUGGUAUAUUUAGACGCCAACAACCUAUAUGGCGCAGCCAUGUCUCAGUACCUACCAUACGGAGAAUUCAAGUGGAUAGGUCCUAAUGAGCUUGAUUCAGAUAAUAUUCAUGAUUUGAGUGAUGACAGCGAUACCGGAUACAUCUUGGAAGUAGAUCUGAAGUAUUCGAAUGAGUUACAUGAUGAACACGCCGAUUUUCCAUUUUGCCCAAGAAAUAUUAUUCCACAGGCAUCAAAAUCUAAACAAAGCAAGCUCAUCGCCGACGUUUGUGAUAAAACAAAUUAUAUCAUUCACUAUCGAAAUCUAAAACAGUGUUUACAAAAUGGCUUGACAUUAGUUAAAGUUCAUCGAAUUUUACAAUUCAAACAGUCGGAUUGGCUAAAAAGCUACAUAGAUCUAAACACUAACAAAAGAAUGCUCGCGACGAAUCAAUUCGAAAAAGAUUUUUUUAAAUUGAUGAAUAAUGCUGUUUUUGGGAAAACGAUGGAAAACGUUGAUAAAAGAGUCGAUGUAAAACUAAUCACACAUUGGGAUAAUAUAGGUAAACGUCGCGGUGCGCGACAUUUCGUCAAUUUACCACAAUUUCAUUCGUGUGAUAUAUUCAAUGAAACGCUGGUCGCGAUUCAAUUGACUCGGGUCAAAAUUAAGUACGAUAAACCAAUUUAUGUAGGAUUCGCGGUUCUGGACCUGUCGAAGACAGUGAUGUACGAUUUCCAUUACUCGUACAUAAAAAAAAAAUAUGGCGAUGAUGCGGAUUUAUUAUACACAGACACCGAUUCCCUCUUUUACGAUAUUCGCACCCACGAUGUGUACGAGGACAUGCGACUUGAUUUACCUCAAUGGUUUGAUACGAGCGAUUAUCCAAUUGAUAACAUUUAUGGCUAUCCGCGUGUUAAUAAAAAAGUAAUCGGAAAGUUUAAAGACGAGUUCAAAGGUGAAAUUGUAACGAGUUAUAUUGGAUUGAAGUCCAAAACAUAUUGUAUUAGCGUUGGAGAUAAGGUGCAGGUAAAAAAUAAAGGCGUAUCAAAAAGUGUUGAUAUUACUCCUGACGAUUUUCAAAAUGUCUUGCAUAGCAGAGAAACUAUUCAUAAGCCUAUGUAUAUUUUUAAAUCUUGUAAACACGAAAUACAUACUCAAUUAAUUAAUAAAGUAGCGUUAAGCUUUUCUGAUGAUAAACGUUAUAUUAUUAAAAAUAGUGAGAAGACAUUACCAUGGGGGCAUUAUAAAAUCCCCGAAUAGUUUGCCGAUAAUUUUUAAAUUCUUGAAUACCUGCCUAUGGGUUUUUACAUUUUUAUGAUGCUUUUGUAAUUUAUUAUUCAAAUACAUACAUAUGUACCUACAUACAAUA